AUGCACAGCAAAAAGGAAACUGAGAGCAAAAGGCAACUGAAGGGAUAUAUAACUGUCACUUAGUUAGACAAACUGCUUUGAAGAAGCAAUGAAGGGGUUCAGACACCUUUCGUAGUCUUGUGAUUUUCCACAUCUUAUGACAAUACUGCUCUGGUCAAUUCAAGAGGGUGGGGCAGGAAGCACACAAACUAAAAGCUUUCAUAAAGAGGAAGAGACUUUCUUGGUUUGUUGACUGGAGCAGGGUAGCUGCCUGCCUGAGGACUAACAGACUCAUCAGAGGACUCUGUUGGAAGGUUGCCCAACAGAAUAGAGAACACAGCCAUUCUUCUAAAUCCCAAACCUCAUCACAGUCUCACUGUGUAUGUGUCAACGGAGGAGAGAACAGAGAGGACUGUUGGAGAGAGAUCCAGAGGAGGAUGAAGUCUAUCAAAUUAGAUCAGUCGGCUACAGUCGAUGAGCUUACGGAGGCCUGCAUCAAAGCAUUUGAUUAUGAAGGCAGGCUGAAUGAUGAGUCUCUGGUCCGGAUGUUUCUCAUGAUGCAUCCAUGGUACCUCUCCUCUACUGACCUGGCCAAGAAACUCUCCAGCAAGUCGCUGGAGGAAAACUGUCUGCCUGAACUCAGGUCACAAAUCUGCAAUCUUAUCAAGUACUGGAUCAGCGAGUUCCCAGCAGAGUUUGACCUGAACCCAGAGCUGGCAGAGCAGAUCAGAAGGCUGAAGGAGCAGCUGGCUCAGCAGGGAGAGGAGCACCAGAGCACACUCAUCAACGUUGACAGUGUGCCGUCAUAUGAGUGGAGUAGGCAGGUGAGCCAACCAGCUCAGUCUGAUUUCAAGAAGAGGAAGACGUCUCUCCUCUUUGAUCACCUGGACUCAUCUGAACUAGCAGAGCACCUCACCUACAUGGAGUAUAAGUCCUUCUGUAGGAUACUGUUCCAGGACUACCACAGCUUUGUGAUGCAUGGCUGCACAGUGGAUAACCCCAUCCUGGAGCGCUUCAUCACCCUCUUCAACAGCGUGUCUCAGUGGAUCCAGCUGAUGGUGCUCAGCAAGCCCACCGCCCCCCAGAGGGCUGCAGUCAUCUCCCACUUUAUUAGGGUCGCACAGAGGUUGUUACAGCUGCAGAACUUCAACACUCUGAUGGCAGUGGUGGGGGGUCUCAGUAACAGCUCCAUCUCACGCCUCAAAGACACACAGUCACACAUCAGCAACGAUGUGAGCAAGGUGUUCAACAACCUGGUGGAGCUUGUGACAUCCUGUGGGAACUAUAGCCAGUACCGCCAGCGCUUCUCAGAGAGCACAGGCUUCCGUUUCCCCAUACUGGGUGUGCACCUCAAGGACCUGAUUGCUGUGCACGUAGCCCUGCCCGACUGGAGUGACCGGGAGAAGACGCAGGUCAACCUGGCCAAGACCCAACAGCUGUAUGCCAUCCUCCAGGAGCUUGCACUGAUCCAGACCAUGCCACCCAGCGUUGAUGCCAACAUGGACCUGCUCAACCUGCUCAUGGUGUCUCUGGACCAGUAUCACUCAGAGGAAGAGAUCUAUCAGCUGUCCCUGCAGAGGGAGCCCCGCACAGCCAGGCCAUUGUCUACCCCAAGCCCACCUAUGAUUGAAGAGUGGGCAUCUUCAGUGAAGCCCAAAGCUGACCCCACCAUCAUCAGUAAACACAUACAGAAGAUGGUAGAGUCUGUGUUUAAGAAUUUUGACACUGAUGGAGAUGGCUACGUCACUCAGGAGGAAUUUGAGAUCAUUAGGACUAACUUCCCAUACCUCUGCAAGUUUGACGACCUGGAUAAGAAUCAGGACGGCAGAAUCAGUCAGGAGGAGAUGAUCGACUACUUCACCAAGGCCAGCUCUUUACUGAACAGCAAGAUGGGGUUCAUCCACACAUUUUCAGAGAAGACCUGCAUGAAGCCUAUGCUUUGCCAUCACUGUAAAGGCAUCAUGUGGGGAUUUUACAAACAAAGAUACAAGUGUAAAGCCUGUGGGGUGAGCUGCCACAAAGAUUGUCGCAGCCGCCUUGCUGUGGAGUGCCGCAAACGAACACAGAGCACCUGUCACGAAUACCAUUCUCCCCAACACUCCCGUUCCUUCAGUUUGCCUGCUAUAGCCCAGCCGUUACACACUGUACAACAUACAGUCAUUACAGAGGAAGCUCCUGACUCCCCGGGGGAUGAAGUGUUUGAUGUCCACCUUUGAGGAGAAUAAAGACCAACACUGAGGACAAAAACAACAAUGGCUGCCCAUGUUCCAUGCAGCAACGGCACUCUGAAGAUCUCAGUGUGAUGGGAACGUUAUGCUCCUGUUUGAAGAUACAACGCAUGUUAGGAACAUUCCAAUUUUCCAGUUUAAGGAUUUUUAAAAUUCAUCCUUCAUCUGAUUGAUUCAUCCUUCAUCUGAUUGAUUCAUCCUUCAUCUGAUAGAUUGAUCCUUUUCUGAUGGAUUCAUCCUUGAUUCAUCCUUGAUUCAUCCUUGAUUCAUCCUUGAUUCAUCCUUCAACAUCAUAUUAUUUGCUCACAGCGUUCACAGUACGUAAACCUCCAGUAUAUGCAUAUCCCUGUGUGGAUUUGUAUGUGGUUCAUGACUGCAGAAGAUUGCUUCUCCACUAGAUGAGGCUGUUUGUGUGUGACAACACACACUCCACUGCCUUUUUACAUUCCCUGUUUUUAGUGUUGCCCUGUUUGUGUGGUCUAGUUGAGUAGGAAAAAUGUGGGAGUGGAUUGUUAAUGACAAGAUCAAUUGAUGUUAUUUCCUCAACUAGACAAUCCUGUGGUACUAUUUAAAAGACAGACAUACUGUAAUUAUUUUAAAAUAUAAAAUUAUAAAUAUAGUAAUAUCAUACUACAGAAACCACUCCACAGGUUUCUUCUACCUUUAUACAUAUAGGCUUCAGUGACACUGUAAAAUGGGAGAGCAGCACAAAUACAGGCUACAUUUUGAAAUGUAUUCAAAACUGAUCAAAAAUUAUGAAUGUGGUGAGAUGUAAAAAAAUAUUGUGAUUUAUCCUAAAUAAAUGUUAUGCAGUUAUCAAAUCUGAAACCCAGUUUAAAUGCCUAAUUUCCACUUUCAAAGGGAUUCCAAUUUAAAGCAUUUUGUUUUAAUGAACUUUUGUAGAUACUGUGAAAAUAAAAGAUAUGAAUCAUGUUGGAGGCAGGUAAUCUGGUGGUACCCAAAAGGUAGCUGGUUCAAAUCCCUGAAAUUAAUCGGUGAAAGCUCUUUCCAUCUGCCCCUAAAUGCUCCUGUAAGUCACUCUGGAUAAUAGCGUCUGCAAAAUGAAGUAAAUGUUUAAAACAUUGUGCUGUCCUUAUCUCAACCACUCAUUUUGCAAACUCACAGCCUUCAGGUGUUGAUGACUCCUGCCAACUUAAACUGUGGUAGGCUACCUGGGUCCAGCUGAGGAUUUGUCACCAUAGUAACUCCACACCGGGUAUCCUGUGGGGUGUUACUGGUCUGUGACAACUGAAGCCAUCUCACAAUGGCUAGUCCUAUUCCUAUUGUGGUAACGUUCCCUAUAGUGGAGAGUGGAGUUAGUUGAGCCAAAGGGUUAAGUUGAGCCACCCUUGUUUCUAGGAAACCAUACUGUGAUUAUCCUCCUCAUGUCCACUGUCACCUCAUCUAAAGCUAGGCUUUAGUCUCAAUAAUCAGACAUUGCAAACGGUUAAUGAUUUCUAAGAAACACAUUUAUUAAUUGUAAUUGUGUGGUUAGCGAUGCUAUUUUGAUUGAUGAUCAUCUGUGAAAGAGAGAAGAAACUUGUGUUAGUUUAUUGACGUGUCCUAUAUAAACACGUCUAUGAACUGAACAUGUUGUAUUGUGAAUGUUAAUUGAUCAUUGUGUCAGGUCUUCCUCCCAUUGGCUGAUGCAUUGUGGGUAUGUGUACUUAAAUCAUGUCGUUGUUUGUUGGCAAACUGAUGGGUUUUGGUUGAAGAUUGUGUCAUGACGUUGCCCUCUUUGGAUACAGCAAUCCCCAUCCCCCUCUCCCUGUCUCCUACACCCAGGCUGCUGUGGUCAGAGAGAGGUCAUAAAUUCCUGGAGGAGAUUAUCUCCUCAUGGCCACAGUAUAGAGAGAGAGUAGAGUUUUCAUAGAAGAGAUCGGUGAAGAAUCCAGCUACGAACUGGUCUGUUUGGUACAAUUUUGUGAAACUCAUGGGAGACAAUAUGGCCACAUUACCAUAACGCUGUUUAUAUAAGAGCCUCAGAUAUGAGGUUUACAUCUAAUUGUUGUAUUAGAUGAAUGAGUGAGGAUGAUACUGUUUGUAAAAUUGUAUAUGAAGGAAACUCCAAUUCCCUUUGGAGUUUAACUAAAUCAGAGGACCGCCCAUGAGCCCAGUUCGGACCUGGCGUCAUGAGACAGCUUUUUCUGCUCUUCCGAAUAUAACCCCCAUGUUUCCCUCAAUUAUGAGAGGACAAAGGUUGAGACCAGCUUACCUCGAUAACGAGAGGGCCAAGUUUUGAGUAGAUGGCUGAAUCUUUUAACCAUCCCAAGUGGUUAAACUCUUAGACUAUCGAUACCGACAGAAUAAGAACAAGUCUUUGAUAUUAAUUACUAGUCUGCAGCGAGGAAUUCGGUAUCAUUGAACGCGAAGACAGACAACCGCUGAAACAUCUAUCCAUAACGACAUGAAUGAAUGUCACUCUGAACUAUCCAUUCUAACCACGACAGAGAUGGCGGACAAACUCUCCAACAGAAACAAACUUUUCAAAGAUCCCGAUGACACCCUGAGCGUAAAUAUAUAUACUGAUUGCAAUUGUUCCCGAAUGAGUGAACGUUCACGUGCAAAGGAUUAGCAUUUCAAUUGUUAUAAUUAUCAACUGUGUGUUGGCUUAUCUCAGUCGACACCCAACUUCCCUUUUGUACACCAAGCCGCGAUGCCGGUUUAUCCCACUAGGGAAACUCCGUUAUCAUCUCCUUGUAACUAUCUACUGUUUGUUUAUGUAUUUCUGUGAAUUACUUAGUUAGUAAAUAAAUGAUUUAAGACAAUUGAUGUAUGGAUGACUCAUAGUGAAGACUGGGUUCGUGCAGAUAACCAACAAUUUACGACGUUUGGAAGGAGACUAACGUGAGGUAAAAUAAAGAAUAAGUUAUUAAUCAGAAGACUAAUUGAUCAGAUAUUAAAAUAUCUGAAAAUGUAUAUUAGGAAAAUUAUAACUUUGUAAUCUCAAUAUUUUCCUUGGUGCCCCUGACUUCCUAGUUAAUUCCAUUUGCCUGAUUAGUUAAUCACGAAAUGCUAAUUACGGAGAAUCUUGGAUAAAGAUUAAAAGUCUUCAGUUAAUGAUAGUAAAGACACGACAAGUGCUAUUCGUGUAUAUCCUUUUGUUGCCAUGACCAAUUUGUUUGUUUUGUAAAUACUUGUACAGUUUUCGGUGGCUAUUUAUCUUCAUUCAUGUUUGCUAAUAAAAGUUUGGAUUUGAUGAGUCAGAUCCAGACACAUACUUUGCU